AUGGCAAUUUCGGUGACAUCCUACCCUCCUCUAGGCAAAGCAACCUGCCUCAAGAGCGACAAGGUCCAAUUCAGGGUGCUUCUAGACUCGGACUCUGAAACAGACUUCGAAGUUCAAGUCUGGCAUGACAUUGGCGGCUAUGGGUGGAAGGCUCUUCCGCUCCGAAUAUGUCCGCCCACGGUUCUCCCAUCUUUAAGCAGCGGUCUGGUCCCAGCCCAUCGUCUCGUCUUUGAAGGCGAGAUAUCCCGUCCACCGCACGGCAUUUCCAAUUUCACCAUCCGGUAUCGCGAAGACCGAGAUUCCGAGUGGCAUUGGGCGAACAAGGAGCAGCACACUGGUAAUGGGGAGCUGAUUUUCCUGUCGGCUGACCUACCCUCGCAACUCAGCGGAUUUUCGGCCGAGGACUUUGCCAGGUAUUUCGACCAUUUAUCCCCCGACGUCGAAGUCGGGGUCCGAAAGAGCGAGGCACCAGGGGCCGCAUUAUGGAGUUUGUCGGGCUCGGUGGAUUCGGCCAGAGAUGGACAUUCUGGUAUUGUCAGUCUGCCGCUCGGGGUGCCUUCAUCGGUGUCGAGAUUCUUUGCCCUAGCACGUAUAGAGACGCCGUGGCUGGGGCCAAGGCAGGGGAGAGAUAAGCUCGACUUGAAAGAGGACGCACUUCUUUGCUCGUUCCUCAGGGAGGAUGGAGUGCAUGUGGUGCUCCUAGGCGUUACAGUAGGCGACAUUCUUACGGUCCUCAAAUCUGGGCCAAACGGUGAGCUGGUGGUUCAAUCAAAAAAUGACAACCCUGCACCUUCGCGAUUUCAGGUCCUGGCAGCAGCGGCCGACGAUUUUGAGACUGCCAUGAGCGCCCUGAUCUAUGAAGCUAGGAAGCUUGUUCGUCCGUAUGAAAUCACGCUCGAGAACGAUGCCAGAGCUCAAUGGCUCUCGGAAUGGUACGACGGUUUGACAUACUGUACCUGGAACGGACUGGGUCAGGACCUAACCGAAGAUAAGAUUCUCUCUGCCCUUGACGAGUUACAAGACAAUGGUAUCAAGAUCAAGGCUCUCAUCAUUGACGAUAACUGGCAAUCGCUCGACAAUGACGGCUCACGCGACGGAUGGCAACGCGGGUGGACUCAGUUUGAAGCAAAUCCCAAAGCGUUUCCAAACGGCCUUGCACGUACAGUCUCUUCGAUUCGUGAGAAGCAUCGAAACAUCGAGUAUGUCGUUGUAUGGCAUGCCAUUCUCGGUUACUGGGGCGGCAUCUCGCCCGAGGGAUCUCUAGCAGCAACCUACAAAACCAGAGAAGUCACACUAAAUAGCGCAACGAAACCAUCUAUCCUAACAAUCGACCCAUCCGAUAUCCAGCGCUUCUACAACGACUUCUACGCCUUCCUCUCCAAGUCCGGAAUAAGCGGCGUCAAAACAGACGCGCAGUCCUUCCUCGAUCUCCUCUCCGACCCCAACGACAGAAAAGCAUACACAAGCGCCUACCAAGACGCCUGGACAAUCUCAUCCCUGCGCCACUUCGGCCCCAAAGUCAUAUCCUGCAUGUCGCAGAUCCCGCAAACAAUCUUCCACUCCCAGCUGCCCACAAACAAACCCACCAUCGUGCUCCGAAACUCAAACGACUUUUUCCCCGACAUCGAGGACUCCCACGCAUGGCACGUCUUCUGCAACGCCCAUAACGCGCUUCUAACGCGCUACCUGAACGUCCUACCCGACUGGGACAUGUUCCAGACGAGUCCUGAAAAUGGACGUGACUAUGCGUCCUUCCAUGCCGCGGCACGCUGUAUCUCCGGUGGACCGAUCUACAUCACAGAUAAACCGGGCCAGCACGAUAUGGCACUCAUCAAACAAAUGACUGCGUCAACUAUCCAAGGAACAACCAUAAUCCUACGCCCAAGCAUCGUCGGCCGCACGCUCGACAUGUACAACGAUAUUCAGGAAGGGCAUAUCCUCCGCAUCGGAACGUACCACGGCCGUGCGGGGACAGGGAGCGGGAUCAUGGGGUUGUUCAAUGUUACUUCAGGCACCAGGUCGGUUAUUAUACCCCUUGGCGACUUCCCGGGGAUUUAUGCAGAUAAGGAGGCGGAGACGGGAUAUAUCGUUCGUGCGCAUAAGACAGGGAAAAUCGCCGAUGGACUACUUGCGUCAUCGGCUGUUUCUGUGACGCUCGAGGGGAAGGGCUGGGAAGUUAUAACGGCCUACCCGACUACAUCUGUCACCUUGACCACCAAGGACAACGCUAAACAGGAAUCAGACACUGCGGUCUCAGUCGCUGUUCUCGGCCUCCUAGCCAAGAUAACCGGUAUCGCGGGCCUCGUCAAUUCAGACAUCUACGUUGAGGAAAGCGGGAGGCUGCGUGUCGAUAUCGGCAUCAAGGCUCUGGGUGUACUGGGUGUCUACUUCUCAACUCUGCAGGAGUGGGAUAUCGAUGAGCACUUCAUGGUUCUUCUGUCGGGAAGACCUGUACCCAGGAAGACGGUGUGGAAGGAGGACGGGAAGGUUUUGGCGAUUGAUGUUGAGGAGGCGUGGUAUGGUUUGGGGCUCGAGGCUGGGUGGGGGAAUGAGGUUUGGGUUACGGUUUUGCUGUGA